AUGGAGAGAGUGGACGAUACGGUAGUGGACGAGAGACUGUUCAAGAGGGAAUUGGGCGAGAGGGCAGUGGACGAGAGGGAAGUGGCCGAGAGGGAAGUGGGCGAGAGGGAAGUGGGCGAGAGGGAAGUGGGCGAGAGGGAAGUGGGCGAGAGGGAAGUGGGCGAGUGGGAAGUGGGCGAGAGGGAAGUGGGCGAGAGGGAAGUGGGCGAGAGGGAAGUGGGCGAGAGGGAAGUGGGCGAGAGGGAAGUGGGCAAGAGAAAAGAGCUGCUAAUGAAGUGGAGGUAUGCCGUGUGCAAGAUUUCGGGCGAGAGACUAUGUGAGAGGGUAGUGGACGAGAGGGAAGUGGGCGAGAAGGAAGUGGGCGAGAGGGAAGUGGGCGAGAGGGAAGUGGCCGAGAGGGAAGUGACCGAGAGGGAAGUGGGCGAGAGGGAAGAGCGACUCAUGCAGAGGAUGGGUGCCCUACGUGGUGAUGGUCGAGAGGAGGAGGAGGAGGAGGAGGAGGAGGAGGAGGAGGAGGAGGAGGAGGAGGAGGAGGAGGAGGAGGAGGAGGAGGAGGAGGAGGAGGACUCGUGGGACGUGAUGGAGGACGUGGGGGAGGUCUCCCCGGCGGCCCAGCUGCAAGAAGCCACGUGUAUAAAGGGUAUUUUUGAGACGUCUCAAGAAUACCCUUUAUACUCGUCGGACGUGGUGGAGGUCUCCCCGGCGGCCCAGCUGCAAGAGGAUGCGAAACCGCCCGCAUGGCAGGGUGGGGUCAACGGUAUGGGGAAGGGGAGAUGGAGGAGUGGCACGGGGGCUGGGGGAGCGGUGGUGCAGGAUGGGAGGGUCCGGGAUGGUCGAGGGAUCGAGGCGGGUGGGGGAGAAGUGGGGGAAGGUAGCAUUGGAGGGAGGGAAGGGAGGCGGGGAGGAGGUGGGGGAAUGCGUGGUGAGGAAGAGUCUGGUGGGAUUUUAGAAAAGGCAGAGGGAGCAAAAGGGGUGGAUGGCUGGGUAGGCAGAGGAGGACGUGCAAGGGGAGCGCGUCAAGCGGUGGGGCGUGGAAGAGGAGAGGUUGUGGGUGCAGCGGGGGGUGGAUUAGACACGGAGGGAGACGGAGGGGGGGCAGAGUGUGGGAGGGGAAGAGGAGGUAGAGGAGGAGACAGGGGAGGCAAGGAGGACAAGGGAGGGGGGGAGGAAGGCAGGGGGACAGGAGUGGAGGUCGGGAGGGCGAUAGGGGGUGGAGAAGGAGACUUUAUGGUGGGUGCAGUUGGAAAUGGAGAGGCGCAGGGAGAAGAGGUGGGUGGUGCGGCAAGGGACGGAUGGCUUCAUUCUGCUGCAUGUGGCCUUGCUCCAGGAGCAGUUGCAGCACGGACUCUUCGCUUGCCCACCGGCCCUCUUUGCUUGCCCACCGGCCCUCUUUGCUUGCCCACCGGCCCUCUUUGCUUGCCCACCGGCCCUCUUUGCUUGCCCACCGGCCCUCUUUGCUUGCCCACCGGCUUGCCCACCGGCCCUCUUUGCUUGCCCACCGGCCCUCUUUGCUUGCCCACCGGCCCUCUUUGCUUGCCCACCGGCCCUCUUUGCUUGCCCACCGGCCCUCUUUGCUUGCCCACCGGCCCUCUUUGCUUGCCCACCGGCCCUCUUUGCUUGCCCACCGGCCCUCUUUGCUUGCCCACCGGCCCUCUUUGCUUGCCCACCGGCCCUCUUUGCUUGCCCACCGGCCCUCUUUGCUUGCCCACCGGCCCUCUUUGCUUGCCCACCGGCCCUCUUUGCUUGCCCACCGGCCCUCUUUGCUUGCCCACCGGCCCUCUUUGCUUGCCCACCGGCCCUCUUUGCUUGCCCACCGGCCCUCUUUGCUUGCCCACCGGCCCUCUUUGCUUGCCCACCGGCCCUCUUUGCUUGCCCACCGGCCCUCUUUGCUUGCCCACCGGCCCUCUUUGCUUGCCCACCGGCCCUCUUUGCUUGCCCACCGGCCCUCUUCGCUUGCCCACCGGCCCUCUUCACUUGCCCACCACCAGCCCUCUUCACUUGCCCACCACCAGCCCUCUUCACUUGCCCACCACCAGCCCUCUUCACUUGCCCACCACCAGCCCUCUUCACUUGCCCACCACCAGCCCUCUUCACUUGCCCACCAGCUUAGUUGGAGUAUACGCGUUUCGCGUUCCAUACGCUAGCAUAUAA